GCCGCGGGGAGGGAUGCACAGUGACGCUCCGCUCCGCUCCCUCCCUGCCCACCACUCCCAACCUGCGCUUCCAGGAUUUUUUGCGCCAAAGGGGGAGCAUGCUUUUCCCCCGACACAAACCCACCAAUAAACUUUUCAAGUGGUGAAUCUAUUACAAAAAUAAUUGAAACAAACAUGUGAUCUUUUUGUCGAUUGUUGGAAAGUGUUGGAAAAGAAAGAGAGAGAGAGAUGCAGGAGUGUUUUGUUUCAUUUAUUUAUUAUUUUUAGACAAUUUUCUACCUUGAGUGCGAGUGUGUCUGGCAGGGGCGACACAGCUGAUACAAGGGGGCGCUGCUCCCAUCUGUGAAUCGUGUGCCUGAAAAAUGAGGCGAUCGAGAAAAAACUCGUGAAAGAAUAUUGCCUUUAAAUUAUAUUACUGGAUCCAAGGAAAAAGGAAAUACAAAAUUGUUUUUUUUAGAUAAAUAAAUUGAUUUGUUUACAAAUAAAGCAGACAUGAUCUCCACCAUUGUGAUAUGAAGAAUGUUUAAAUCAGUAGAUCACCUAUUAGAGAUACAAAUAGGGAAGGACAUGGUUAAGUGAAAAAUAAAAAUAGUGAAAAUUGGCAUUAUUAAGUGGCUCUGUUGGAGUGAGCGGACAGAGAGUCCGGUUACCAGCCGAAGCAACGGAUCCCGGUGUUUCUGUCUCGUGGCCGGUUACCGAAAAACACCAGCAAUCAUGACGAUGUCCAGUGUCGAGAUCCGGAAUGAUGACGGAAGCCACAAUGCGGAGAAGAUUACUAAGCUGGUGGUGGAGAUCAACUCCCAGGUGGCGCUGUUCCGGGACCUGUUGAUCUGUGUCGGACAGAGUCGAGACGGACCCGAGCUGAGGGAGAGGAUCAGGAAGGUCCGGCGUCAGUGUGUCGACACCUGCAAGCACGCCUCCCAGCUCCUCCUUCCUGGCAUCAAGAAUGAUGUGGCCGAGGGCAUCCCUGUGGACAACCAGAACUUCGUGCACCUGGUCGCAUGCACUCAGCUCAUCUCCAGGGAGCUCCGCAAGUGCAAGCGUCUUGUCAUCACUAUGCCUAUAGACAUGACGGAGUACUAUGAGAACAAGCCAGGGCCGUCAGGUAUGGGAGGCCUGGGCGUGAUCUCCCAGUUGCUGCUCUGCAAGACUCUCCAGCCGGACUUCCAGCAGGAGGAGAUCUGCAGCAUAGAGAAAGAUAGCGAUGAUAUCCUCGCAAUCCUCAAGGAGAUGCAGGAGUACAUGCCGCAGGAGGAGGCGGGCUCCAGGAACCUGGCGCUCACUGGGGAGGACAUGUUCAGCAUCUGGAGCAAAAAGAGAACGCGGCGCUCACUCUACCGCAACAUGAGUUCCUUAUGUUGCACCUGCAAGCCUGCCUACUUGUAAUACGCCAAAGUCUAGUUCUCCAACCACUUCACCACGCGCGAACACACACACACACACACAACCGUUUCCAACUCCUGCCUUCCCAGACACAAGCCAAUGCCAAGCUAGUCAGUUUAGUGUACAAGAUACGGUAGGAGAUGGAGCCAAAUUACGUUUUAUCCAUCUCGCUACGCUGGAAUGAAGCAAUCGACACAGUCCCUCCUGAGCCAAUCGCAUUAUCCCAUGCCCUGAUCAUCCUCACAGUUCUAAUCUCUGCUUAGUCAAUCAUGUCGGUGAAUUAUUUCAGUCAUUCCCAACCUAUCGAUGAAUCCCGUGUCCAGUCCUACAAUCAAGAGUUCGCUAGUCACAAUCCUUUCCAGUCAGAUCACUUUCAAGCUACAACUAAUCCUCAACUCGUACCCUAUUAAUGCAAGGAAGCUAUGCACUAACAUAGUUAAAUUAGUUCCUACCUUUUGAUAGUUAAUUAGUCAAUUCAAUAAACUAUUUCGAAGACAAAAAUAUCAUCCCUACCAACUCGCCCGUUUACAAAACCCUAAAAUUAUUACAUGCCCAAACUGAUUUUAACUACAUGUUAUAUUCCUAAAUUAUGAAUUACUUUAAUACUUCUAAUUACUUGAAAUUAAGAACACAAAAUACAUGGGAUAUACUUUAGAGUUCAGAAAGUAAAACAAAGUACAUUGUACACUGUACAAUGAAAGUACACUGAAAGUACAGUGCACUGAAAGUACACUGUAAAAUCAGUAUGUAUGCUCUCUCUUUCCCCUUGUGUGUCCGGUCUCACCUUACCAGACACAAGUCCAGCUUUGUCAAGAAAGUCCAAUAUCUUGCAGAUACCUCCAAGCUUUCAUAAAUAACCCUGAAUACACCACAUUCGUCUUCCAAACACUUCAACUUCCCAAGAUUUCCUACUUGCCUUCGUCCAAUACCCUCGUCCAAAAUGUCCACCUUCCUUUAGAUAACUUUUUACAUUUAACAAAACAUUCAAUUUCUCUCGGAUCAUCUCAACUUCAUUCAAAUCUUCUAAACUGCUUCUAAAUACCUUCAUUUCAUCACAGAUGUCUCUAACUUUAACCACAGGCUACUAUUCUAUUCUAGGUGCUUUCAACAUAUCAUAAACACUUGAACCUGUACCAGGUGCCUGGGAUACUGUACACCUUCCCUAGGUGCCUAAACCUCCAUUGGUUUUCUGUUAAGUACUCUGGGUACAUAAAGUUGUAAUCAAACUAAUAUACCCCUUUCUCCUAGAUAAUUAAAAUUUACUUUCACACAUCCCCCAGUUUUAUUAAGAUAUCUUCAAGUACCUUUAGAUAUUUUUAAGUCCCUCCAGAUAUUUCCAACUCUAAAAGUAUAUAGACAAAAUAUUUUCCCAAAUCUCACAGCUUUCUCCAGACUUUCCAAAAAUAUCAACCUUCCCCCCUAGGUAUCUUUAAUAGGCAUAAAUACCUUUAAUAUGCAUAAAUACCUUUAAUAUAUCUUUGUCAUACCAUGGACCAUGUUCUCUUCUAGUGUCAAUCUCGUUCACACUUCAAUUACAGCUUCUUAACAGGCAUUUCGUAACCACAGACACACCAAACUAUGACCACAAGAGUCAGACGCAUAUGGAUAUAUGAAAAUAGACAAUUAUACAAGAAACAAAUAUAAACAGUUUUUAACAGAACACAUAGUUACUAAAUUUAACACUCUAGAUGAGAUUUAGCAAAAAUUACUUAUUUCCUAUAAAAUCUAUAAGCAGCAGCACUUAGUAACAGUAUGUACGUAGAAAUUUAUAAUUUUUUAAUAUUGACAAUGACAGCAAAACACAGGUUGACAUGUAGGAUGAGAAGAGGUGAGGAAAAUGGUUGACAUGUAGGAUGAGAAGAGGUGAGGAAAAUGGUUGACAUGUAGGAUGAGAAGAGGUGAGGAAAAUGGUUGACAUGUAGGAUGAGAAGAGGUGAGGAAAAUGGGUUACAUAGUCAAAAAGGGAGUUUUUUGUUUUUUCAACUGGACGCGAAAUAUAAUUUUUAAUCUCAUUGGCGAGGUUAAUCCCACAGUUUAGAACUUUUAAUUUGCAGGAGCGUUUGUGCAAUGUUCACAUGUGCAUGUACGUCACUGUCCAUACUCGUGUAUAUAAACACGUCACUGUCCACAGUCAUAUAUACAAACACGUCACUGUCCACAGUCAUAUAUAUAAACACGUCACUGUCCACAGUCAUAUAUAUAAACACGUCACUGUCCACAGUCAUAUAUAUAAACACGUCACUGUCCAGUCAUAUAUAUAAACACGUCACUGUCCACAGUCAUAUAUACAAACACGUCACUGUCCACAGACAGACAGACAACACCGAGCGCCUCUCCACUCACAAACUUCGCCAAUUACUUCUCUAGUGACACCUUGCGUCGUGUGUAAAAGUGUAGUUCUUGUUCUGCAAAUUAUCAAUUCGCAGUCAGUAGCAGUCUGCUGUCGCUGCCUUGCUCUCUCGUGUACAAUCGUAGUCUCCAUCACAGUGUAAUGAUCGUCCGUGUGAUUGUAUGAAUGUCCAAUUUACAGCUCCAGCUGCUUCCCUAUGACGAGUGUCCUAUUUACAGCUCCAGCUGCGCCACUAUAACCAACCGCUGCUGCUGGUACGACUUUUAGGUACUAUAUAGACUUGUUUUGUCCCCCGGAUGUAAUCAUAGUGCCGCUUCUUGUGUAGUGGCCAGGUAGAGUCUGGUUCAGAGACGAGGGGUAACUAUACAUUACAGUAACUCUCCUGCUGCAAGGGGGAACUUCCUGAGCCAUUUUCUGGUAUACGUGUGUACAUGACGGUCAUACUGGAAAAAGAAAUGUUGUUCGCCUCUAUAUAUGAGGAGAGUCUGCUGUGAUAAGUGAGUGUUCGUGUUGACUUCGCUAUUGUUUCCUUGCUGUCCGCUGUUUUAGUGUGUGUGUCUAGAGCAACGCCGGCUGUCUGGAGUCUCACGUAUUGACUUAUACACUUUCCUUUGCUGUAUUGCCAGUAUUAUAUCUCGUAAAAUACUGCUUGGCGCUCUUGUGUGUGUAUGUAACGUAUAAUUCCAUCUUGCUUAAUGCUGUCAUGUGUGUGUGAAGCGUCUCUUGGCUAGACACACAGGUGAAGUUUUUUUUGUGAUUGUAUUCAUAUCUCUAGACGACGUCCUUUGCGUCUGGUACAGUCGUCUCUGGCUACGUCUUUAGCUAUACAUUUUACAUUAUCACACUAGAAAUUGUCUGUUCUGUUCCUCACCUGGUGCCCUAGGUCGGUACUUUCAGGGAAGUAACAAUGUAUUAUCUCAAACUAACGUGACACACACACACUGUAUCUUCAGCCUGUAUCUCAACACAGUCUCCAUUCUCAAACUCUUUGUUUAUCAAUACCAUCCUUGCAUCUACCAUAGUGUUCUCAUCCCAGUGACUGUCACCUAUCGGCUACACCCCCAGCAUCCUCAUCCCAGCGACCACCACACAGCGACCACUACCUAGCGACCAUUACACAACAACCACCACCCAGUGAUCACCCCUCACAGUCCCAUCUCUUGCAUUCCAUACACUGAUCCCUUAUCCUCCCACAUUAGGAUAAGUCUACCUUCUCCACUCGCCUCUACAGUACUGGCUAUACCACCAGCUGCUCCUUGUGUAUGCAGGCUUCCCACUUCACACACACCUGUUCCUCUCAGAACUUUAUCAGUGGCAGCAAAACUCUAUCUGUGUUCAGUUCUUCAUUCUCCUCACCUUGCUAGCGAACACCACACCCUGGCCACACUUGCCGAGGUUCACCCACUCACCAAUGCACACUCUUUACCAAAGUGACCCUCACCCCACACCACUGAGGACUACCCUCACCCCACACCACUGUGGACUACCCCUCACCCCACACCACUGAGGACUACCCUCACCCCACACCACUGAGGACUACCCCUCAACCCACACCGCUGAGGACUACCCUCAACCCAUACCACUGAGGACUACCCUCACCCCACACCACUGAGGACUACCCUCAACCCACACCACUGAGGACUACCCCUCAACCAACACAUCCUUCCACCUCCAAAGAACCCCUACCAACAAAGUGCUUUCAGAUCCAGGGCAGACCCCUAAAACCAGAGAAUAUUGUGCCUCAUUCUAGACGGGUUCACUGGGGCACAAAAGUCCUCAUCACCAACUCGCCAUCAUGGGGCCCGCUGAGCUAUUUGCGAUCCGACUGCUUAUAGUAUGAGUGCAGUGGAGGAGAACUAGACGUUGGCCAUAGAAACUAGGUAAUGAAUGCACAGGUCGUUGACUAAUACGUUCAUCCAAGUGAUAAUCUCUGGGUGACAAGCAAAAUAUAUAUAUAUAUAUAUAUAUAAUAGAUUCAUUACUUGCCUAAGCCGUUGCAUCAUAAGUAUUUUAAUUACGAGUACUGUGAGUGUUGUAAAGUGAUAGUAACGCCAUAGAUUUAUUGACAAUCUCAUUGAUUAAACUCCACUUCUGUUAUUCUAGUAGUUUGUGUGUUGAUUUGUAUUACAUAUCAUAGUUAGCCUUCUUGACCAAGCUUGGCCAUAGGGUGUAGUCUAGUUGGUUAUUAGUACCUGCCAAUUUAAGGCCUCGGGGGAAUGCUACAUUUUACUUGAUUACUUCAACAGGAUUAGUGGCAUCAGACAGAUGGCGCCAGUUUUCUCAUAUAUAUCGGUUACUUGUAGGAAAUAUGGAACCGGCUGAGUCAUGUAUCGUGUGACAGUAGGACACAUGACGCUGAGGGCUUGGCUGGGGUAUACAUAGCACUAGGAAAAUGCCAGUUCGUAAAAGAAAGAUUGAGAUAAAAUGUCGUAUAUGAUUUGAGUAUAAGACACAUGGCGACUGUUGAACUUUGUGUCAGUUGCCUGUAGAGCAUGGGGCACUAGUUGCCCCUUGUGUAUUAGUUAUCAGUAUGACACAGUGCCACUGGUGUCGUGAUUCAUACAAGAGUCGAGCAUACAUCAGUAUGUUUGACUGUAAUACACACGGCAUCAUUUGUAGGGAACAUGACCUCGGCUGUACCAUGUGCCAUGUAGGACACCUGAAGCAAUAUUGUCACAUAUUAGAGUGUAGGACACAUAAUGCAAGUCGUGUCACAUAUUAGUCGAGAGUGUAGAACACAUGGCGCCAAAUGUGCCAUAACCCUAACAUUCCGUAGGAGAAUCACAAUCCCAGCUACAAGAGAGUAGCAAGUGUACAUAGUGAGGGUAUAGUCUGAUAAGUCGCGUUCUCGCGUGACCGCACGACCUAAACCACCACACGACCUUCCUUCCACCAGGAAGCCCUAAACAGUCUUCUGUAUGUAUUUCUAACCCCGGAAAUAUGCCUCACGAAGUAGACAAAGGGUCAUAGAUGCAACAGCCAAAACAAAUAGUUUGAUUCAACUGGAUUUACAACUAAAGGUCGUUUCAGUUAUAUAUUGUGGAUGAAGGCGAGGAAUAGUAGUAACUUUAAAUGUGAUUUCUACAUUUCAAGAGCACAGGUUCGGAAAACUCCUUACUGUUGAUGCCUGCAACCCAUGCCAUCAUAUAUAUCUAUAUAUAGAUAUAUAA